UACCGUCAACAAAAAGCAGAAGAAGUAGAAGACGAGGAAGCGGAAGUUGGGGCGCGAUAGGACUCAGUAGAACCCGGAGCAGCUCAGCUGGACGUAUCUGCUGUUCUGUAAGACGCUUCUUUCUCAAUAGUCCGUGCUACUGUGUCUAAAAUGUCAAAGAACACCGCGUCUGACCGGUUUAGGAGAGUAGACGUAGAUGAAUACGAUGAGAACAAGUUUGUGGACGAGGAGGACGGAGGAGAGAACCAAGGCGGUCCGGACGAGGCAGAAGUGGACUCUCUGCUCAGACAGGGGAACAUGAACGGAGCUCUGCUUGCUGUGCUGAGGAACCCUCCAGUCAACACCAAGAACCAAAAUGCCAAGGAACGGGCAGAGCUGCUGGUGGUGAAAGUACUGAGCAGCUUUAAGAGCAGCGACAUAGAGAAAGCUGUAAACUCGCUGGAUAAAGCAGGAGUGGACCUGCUGAUGAAGUACAUCUACAGAGGCUUCGAGAAACCCUCAGACAACAGCAGCGCUCUACUGCUGCAGUGGCAUGAGAAGGCUCUGGCAGUGGGUGGAGUGGGCUCCAUCGUCAGAGUGCUGACCGCCAGGAAGACCGUGUGAUCAGCUGAGAGCCUGCAGACACGUCUCUGCUCGGAUGAAUCCAGAUCAGCCUUUUCCUUGUUUCUAUUUUUGGACAUCCUCAUUUAUUUUUGUACUGGAUCGGAGUGUCUUCCUGUCUUACUGUUGUCAGUCUCACCUCUCCUCUGGCCUGUAGAAGUGCUGGCAGUCAGGCGGAGGUGCUGGCACCUCUGACGGUCUGUGCUUGCCCAACGCAUCAGAUGCUCCACGGCAGAUCUGUGCUCCUUUCACACUGCUUCACAGCUGCUCUGCUGGCUCACUUCAACUUCUCCUCUACUUCCUCCAUGCGGCAUCUGUCAUUCUGUUCAUUCCUUUGCCCAGUGCAUGCUGGGAUUGGACUUCUGAACAUGUACAUGGACUUUAUUUUCUACUUACACAAGUUACAUAUUGCUAUAAUUUCUUUUUUAUAUAUGAAAUAAAUAAGAAAAAUAACAGACUGA